AUGGCGAUGCCCACGAUGGCUGCGAUCGCCAAGCGCAUGACUGGCGCCGCGAACGACUCCAAGUUCUUCAGCACGACCAAGAAGGGCGAGACGCAUGAAUUGCGCCAAGAAUUGGCCAAUCCCAGUCGCGAGAAGAAGAAAGACGCUGUGAAAAAGGUUAUUGCCAAUAUGACCGUGGGCAAAGAUGUAUCCAUGCUCUUCACAGACGUGGUCAACUGCAUCCAGACAGCGGACACGCAGCUCAAGAAGCUCGUGUACCUGUACCUCAUCAAUUACGCCAAGAGUAACCCGGAUUUAACCAUCCUGGCCGUCAAUACCUUUGUUAAAGACGCUGCCGACCCGAACCCGCUCAUCCGCGCGCUCUCCGUGCGUACUAUGGGCUGUAUCCGCGUGGAUCGUAUCACCGAGUACCUCUGCGAGCCGCUACGUCGCUGUCUUCAGGACGAGGAUCCGUAUGUCCGUAAAACUGCAGCUAUCUGCGUCUCGAAACUCUACGAUAUCAACCCGGAUAUGGUAGAGGAGCAAGGAUUCCUCGACAUGCUACGGGACUUGAUCUCAGACUCGAACCCGACGGUUGUAGCCAACGCGAUCGCCGCUCUAUCCGAGAUCUCGGAGAACAGUGGCGGCGCUAUGGCCUUCAAGAUCACUAAAUCGGUGCUACAGAAGCUUCUAGCGGCUCUAAAUGAGUGCAACGAGUGGGGACAGGUCUUCGUGCUUGAUGCGUUGGCCUCGUACACUCCUGCAGACUCCAGAGAGGCCGAGGGGAUCAUUGAACGCGUCACACCUCGUCUCCAACACGCCAAUUCGGCGGUUGUUCUGUCCGCUGUGAAGGUCAUCAUGAAGUUCGUGGAGAAAGUCUCGGACGCUGAUACGGAGCGCAGUCUGUCCCGUAAGAUGGCGCCUCCGCUAGUGACUCUACUGUCUGCUGAGCCUGAGAUCCAGUAUGUGGCGUUGCGCAACAUUAACUUGAUCGUGCAGAAGCGUCCGGGUAUUUUAGCCAAUGAGAUCAAGGUGUUCUUCUGCAAGUACAAUGACCCCAUCUACGUCAAGAUGGAGAAGCUGGAGAUCAUUAUCCGCCUCGUAUCGGAACGGAACAUCGAGCAGGUGUUGCUCGAGUUCAAGGAGUACGCUACAGAGGUGGAUGUCGAGUUCGUACGUCGCUCGGUGCGUGCGAUUGGGCGCUGUGCGGUCAAGCUCGAACGUGCAGCUGAGAAGUGCAUCAAUGUGCUGCUGGAACUGAUCCAGACCAAGGUCAACUACAUCGUGCAGGAAGCCAUCAUUGUCAUCAAGGAUAUCUUCCGGAAGUAUCCGAACCAGUACGAAAGUAUCAUCGCUACACUAUGUGAGAACUUGGAUACAUUGGACGAGCCAGAAGCCAAAGCGUCCAUGAUCUGGAUCAUCGGAGAGUACGCGGAGCGUAUCGACAACGCCGACGAGUUACUCGAGUCGUUCAUGGAUUCCUUUGACGACGAGACGGCUCAAGUGCAGCUGCAGCUGUUGACGGCUACUGUCAAGCUGUUCCUGAAGCGUCCGAACGAGACUCAAGAAAUGGUCCAGAAGGUGUUGCACAAGGCCACAGAAGAGUCCGACAACCCGGAUCUACGUGACCGUGGCUACGUGUAUUGGCGUCUUUUGUCCGCGAACCCAGAAGCUGCUCAUGCGGUGGUACUCGCAGAGAAGCCAGUUAUCAGUGACGACACAUUCGCUCUCGAGUCUUCGGUCCUUGACGAUCUGAUUGGUAAAAUAUCGACGCUUGCCAGUGUGUACCACAAGGUCCCCAGUGCAUUCGUAGUGCGUUCUACCGUCUCGGAGCUACGUGAACAUCGCCAGGACGAUGACCACAGCAACGAAGACGACGACGAAGGCUCAUCCGACCAGCCGGAAGAGGGGUCCAGUGGUCUGCAGUCUGAAGGUGCAAUUGAUCUCCUAGACAUGGGAGGACUGUCCAUGGGAGGGUCGGGACCGGCUCCCACCGCGCCAGCGCCCGCCAGUGCGAGCUUGAAAUUGCUGAUGAGUGCUCAGCAAGGUAAGGGGCUGCAGAUGACGGGCGCGUUUACUCGACGCGACGGCAACUUUGUUCUGGACGUGGACUUUGAGAACCAAGCAUCUGCGCCGAUUGCUGGGGUGAGUAUUCAGUUCAACAAGAGCACGUUCGGUGUGGUGCCCAUGCAAGCGACUGUGACGUUCCCGCAGCCAUUAACGCAAGGACAAAAGGUCAACCAGAUUGUACCCAUGAGCGUGAGUCCGCAGUUUGUCAACGCUGCAGUGGCUCCGAAUCUCAACAUGCAGGUGGCUAUCAAGAACAAUUCGAGUGGAGAAGUCGUGUACUUCCAGUCAGAGUUGGAGCUGGCAGCCAUCUUCACAGAGGCUGGCGGUAUGGCUUCAACCGAGUUUAUCAGUAUGUGGCAGAGUAUUGCCGAGGCCAACGAGCACUACUUCACGCUUGCGACGGGUGGACGUGGCGUCGACGCUGUAUCGGAGAGAUUGGGACGCAGUAACGUCUUCUACGUUGCGAAGCGGCCGAUUGACGGCAAGGAAGUGGCGUACUUCUCUGUCAAGACCAUGACUAAUGUCGUGGCGCUGUUUGAGCUGACAUUCGACAACUCCGGUACUACUAAGGUGUGUCUGAAGCUGGAGCAGAAGGUCUUUAGUGCGCUGUUACAGCAGACGAUGGAGCGUUUGCUAGCGUAA